AUGAGCUUUCAUGUUUGACUGUUGCUACGAUAGCAACAGUGGCUCCGUAGCAACGACAGACGUCGAUGUCACGACGUAAACAAGGACUUCUGUACACUGUACACUGGCGGCUCUCAUGCUUGUUUUGAUAGUGCUACCAUUUUGUCUAUUGCAUUGUUAAGUUCGGUUGUAUUGGCUAAGCUUAUAAGGGGUCCACGGUGUACUCUAACUAGUACGUAACCUUAUUGUAUUCAUGCCCAACAGCAACAGCGUGCUACCAUGAGGUUGAAAACAUCGCUUCUGAAGGAGCCAAAACAUAAGGAACUUGUGAGCUGUGUGGGAUGGACCACAGCCGAUGAAUUGUUCUCAUGCAGUGAGGACCAUCAGAUACUCCGAUGGAACCUGCUGACCAGUGAGACUAGCCUGGUGGUCCGGCUGCCAGAGGACACCUACCCCAUUGAUUUGCACUGGUUCCCCAAAACGGUGGGAGGCAAGAAGCUGGUACAGGCGGAUACAUUUGUCCUCACAAGCACUGAUGGGAAAUUCCAUCUGGCUUCCAAAAGCGGACGAAUCGAGAAGAGCGUGGAAGCCCACAAAGGGGCCGUUCUGGCCGGGCGGUGGAACUACGAUGGCACGGCUCUGAUCACAGCUGGAGAGGAUGGGCAGAUAAAGAUCUGGUCUAAAAGUGGCAUGCUGCGUUCGACACUGGCACAGCAAGGUUCUCCGGUGUAUUCCGUAGCCUGGGGUCCAGACUCCGACAGAAUCCUCUACACAUCAGGAAGACAAUUAGUCAUCAAACCCCUGCAACCCAGUGCUAAAGUCAUACAGUGGAAGGCUCACGAAGGGCUCAUCCUGAAGGCGGACUGGAACUCUGUGAACGAGCUCAUCCUGUCGGGAGGCGAGGACUGUAAAUACAAGGUGUGGGACAGCUAUGGCCGCCUGCUGUACUCCUCCUCUCCCCAGGACUACCCGGUCACCUCCCUGGCCUGGGCUCCGGACGGGGAGGUGUUUGCAGUGGGCUCCUUCAACACCCUGCACCUCUGCGACAAAACCGGGUGGUCCUACGCUCUGGAGAAGCCCAACACGGGCAGCGUGUUCAGCCUGGCCUGGUCGGCGGACGGCACCCAGCUGGCCGGGGCCUGCGGCAACGGGCAGGUCCUGAUGGCCCACGUGGUGGAGCAGAGCUGGGAGUGGAGGCACGUGGUCGUCACCCUCAUCAAGAGGAGGAGCAUGCAGGUGCGUAACGUGCUGAACGACGCGGUGGACCUGCUGGAGUUCAGAGACCGGGUGAUCAAGGCCUCUCUGGCCCACGGCCACCUGGUGGUCACCACCUCGCUGCAGUGCUACGUCUACAGCUCGAAGAAUUGGAACACUCCCCUCAUCUUUGAUCUGAAGGAAGGAACGGUCAGCCUCAUCCUGCAGGCGGAGAAGUACUUCCUGCUCGCCGACGGGGCCGGCCUGUACGUGUUCUCCUACGAGGGCCGUCUCGUCUCCUCGCCCAGGUUCCCCGGCAUGAGAACAGACCUCCUCAACGCCCAGUCCGUCUCCCUUAGCAACGACACCAUCGCCGUGCGGGACAAGAGCGAGGAGAAAGUCCUGUUCCUCUUCGACAUCCUGACGGGGAAAGCUAUCGGUGACGGGAAGCCAUUGACUCACAAGCUGGAGGUAGUGGAGAUAGCGCUGGACCAGGGCGGCCCGGCCAGCGAGAGGAAGAUCGCCCUGAUCGACAAGAACCGGGACCUGUACCUGAGCCCGGUGCGGCGUCUCGGGAGGGAGGCCUGCAUCUGCAAGAUAGGGUCCCUGGUCCACACCAUGGCCUGGAACGACGCGGCCAGCAUCCUGUGCGGUAUCCAGGGCAACCAGUUCACGGUGUGGUACCACCCCGGGGUGGUGCUCACAGACAAGGAGCUGCUGCCCCGCACGCUGGAGCUGAAGGACGGCAGCGAGUUCGGCCGCGCGCCGCACAUCCUGAGCUACGUGGGCUCCAAGGUGACGGUGCGGCAGGGCGACGGCUCCCUGGUGUACAGCAGCGUGUCCCCCUACCCCGCCCUGCUCCACAGCUACAGCGCCUCCGCAGGCUGGGAGGACGCACUGCGCCUCUGCCGCUUCGCCAAGGACCCCGCCCUGUGGGCGUGUCUGGCUGGCAUGGCGAUGGCCAAUCGGGAGCUGGCCACAGCGGAGGCGGCCUACACCGCCAUCGGAGAGGUGGCCCGGGUGCAGUACAUCCGCUUCAUCCAGGAGCAGCCGUCCAGGGAGUCCACGCUGGCCCACCUGCUGCUGUUCAGCGGCCACGCCCCCGAGGCCGAGGCCGCGCUGCUGCAGGCCGGCCUGGUGUACCGGGCCAUCCAGGUCCACAUAGACCUCUUCCACUGGGACAGGGCUCUGGAGCUGGCGGUGAAACACAAGACCCACGUGGACACGGUGCUGGCCUACAGGGGGCGCUACCUGCAGCGGGUCGGCCGCAAGGAGAGCAGCAAGAGGUUCCUGCAGUACGCUGAGGGGGUGGAGGUGGACUGGGAGAAGAUCCAGGCGAAGCUGGAGAUGGAGCUGACCAAGGAGAGAGAGAGGGCGGCCAACGUCUCCGUCAGGAGCAGUGUGGCCCCACGUCGCUGAGUCCUCUUAGCUCUGAGUCCUCUUGGCUCUGAGUCCUCUUGGCUCUGAGUCCUCUUAGCUCUGAGUCCUCUUAGCUCUGAGUCCUCUUGGCUCUGAGUCCUCUUAGCUCUCAGUCCUCUUGGCUCUGAGUCCUCUUGGCUCUGACUCCUCUGAGCUCUGAGUCCUCUUAGCUCUGACUCCUCUUAGCUCUGAGUCCUCUUGGCUCUGAGUCCUCUUGGCUCUGAGUCCUCUUAGCUCUGAGUCCUCUUAGCUCUGACUCCUCUUAGCUCUGAGUCCUCUUAGCUCUGACUCCUCUGAGCUCUGAGUCCUCACAGGAUGCUGUUUGCUGGUCAGUAAGACUGUUUGUGGUGAGUUAAUAAACGUAGUGCACUUCCACGACAAUAGUCGUCAAGUGCAUCUGCUAGCACGGAUUGAGGUUUUGACCCGACAGUAGAGGGCAGCGUGUCCUUAGGGGCUGCAGAGCCUCAUUGUUCACGUUAGUCCGACGGCGUUGGACUAACUUGUGUACAUAGCGGGUUGAACGUGUACCGUUUGUUUACACAUGUAUAUAUCUUCUUUUUUUUUUUACAUUGAGACGUGUGAAAUAGAUUUCAAUAAAAAAAAGUAUUU